CUUGCUUCUUGGAUUUGUAAGAGAAGAAGAAGAGAGAUGGGAAGAGGAAAGUUCAAGGGCAAGCCUACCGGCCAUCGCCACUUCUCCACGCCUGAAGAACUCAUUGCAGGUACCUCAACUCGUCCUCGUACUUUUAAACAGGAACAGGAAGAAGCUAGAGCGGAGUUAGAAGACGAGUCUGAAGAGGAAGUUGAAGAAGAAUCAGAGCAGAAGCGGAAAGGCGCCCAGGGACUAAUUGAGAUUGAGAACCCUAAUUUAGUAAAACCAAAGAAUUUGAAGGCUAGAGAUGUUGAUAUUGGGAAAACAACCGAACUCUCAAGGCGUGAAAGAGAGGAGAUUGAAAAACAAAAAGCUCAUGAACAAUAUAUGAGGCUGCAGGAACAAGGAAAAACUGAACAGGCUAAGAAAGAUUUAGAGCGCUUGGCCCUAAUAAGGCAACAGAGGGCAGAAGCUGCUAGGAAACGAGAAGAAGAGAAGGCUGCCAAAGAGCAGAAAAAGGCUGAAGCUCGCAAGUAAGCAGUUAAAAGCUCGUUUGCAUUGUUCUUGGUUUAUUUUUCCUGGCAUAUUGGACUCUUGCAUUUGUAAACUCAACUUUUGUUCCCCGGCUGCCCUUUCCAUAUUAAAAAUUAAAAAAAAAAAGAAGGUAAGAAGAAAACGAAAAGAAAAAAAAAAAAGAGGUGUGCAGGGACACUUUAAAUUAGAGUGCUUCAGUUUUGUUCUGUAAGCAUCUCAAAUAAAAAAACAGCCAUUGGUGUUUUGUUAUUAAGGAAACUGAUAUGAAUGCAUUAAUGUUGGUC